AUGGUCCUGUCCCUGUUGCGCGCAGGACGAUAUGAACCACAUUCAUUAAGUCAAGUCCCUCUACAGCGCCUGUCAUGGACUCCCAACCACUGGCCUCGGUUCAGGCGAAACGCAAGCAACGGCCCGUCUAUUCCUGUUUACCUUGUCAUCAACGCAAAGUCAAGAUCGUGCUGUUUGCGUGGUCUCCCCGAGGAAUGCACUUUCCCGCGCUCCGCGGAAGAACAAACCUACAUUAGUCAGUCCGAGUAUAUCUCCCAGCUGGAAGAGCGAUGUCGGUCCUUGGAGAGGCAAUUGGCCCGUCUCCAGGGAGUGCAACCCUCGGUCAUCCAGGAUGACAACCCGCUACGGGAUAAUGUUUACGGCAGUCCGCACCGGGAGGAUGGCGAAGGACAAGGCUCAGUCCAGGAUCACAGCGAUGGCAUCGAUGAUUCAGACGAGAUCCCCCUCCCCAUGGAAUGUUCCGCGGGCGCGGCGGUGUUGGACAUCUUCAUCGAACGCCUGAUUGACGACUGUUGCCCACUGGGCAAGCCGGAAACUGGACUCAAAUUGUUCAUCCUCCGCGACGCGUCCCUGAUGAGGGGCCAGUCCGAGCUUCUGCAGGUUGCCUUCGAGAAUACCGCCUUGAUAUUCAUUGGUCGUACCGGGGGUGACCGAGACAUUGAGAUGGCCGGCCAUCGACACAACACGUAUGCCAUCCGCCUGAUGCGCCGAGCGCUUCGCCGCUGCAGUGGGAAGCCUGUUCCCCUCGAUGUCUUCGUGGCCGCCUAUAUCUUCAUCAUCCGCGAGGUAGGUCGUCAGGAAUUGAAUGCACCCAAUCCUCAGCUGAGCUUGUUUCAGGUCUUAACAGGCGACAGCAGUGCACUGUUGAAGCAUUUGGUGGGUGCAGCUCAAUUGUUGCAAUCCCGCAAACCGGAUGAACAUCGAUCUGGCAUCGCGCAGGCAAUCUUCCUCGAUCAUCGUAUAUACUCGAUAGCCGGCUCCAUCCUGCUCCGGCGACCGCUGUUUCUGUUGGAUUCCGACUGGAUGACCAUCCCCUGGGGACAUCAGCCGAAAGACAUGCUUCAUCAGCUGCUGGACAUUGGCGUGCAAGUGCCUUACUACCUCUUCCAGACGGACAAAUAUCGAUCCGAGUUGGAGUCGGGUGCUUCCGACCACGAGGAACUUCGCCAUGGAUAUUCCUCUCCAAGCGCCUGGGCACAGGCCCUAGACAACCGGCUGCAACGAUGGUACCACGAGAGCAUUGUCAACUAUAAUCACGGCGCUAUUCAGGAGUCACCAGAGAGGCUGGACACCUCCUUCCCCAUAUUCUCCUGCCAUGAUCCUGCUGGGCGCAUCUUCACCCCGCCACUCUUGACCUACCCGGACCUCCUCCUCACCACCGUCAUGUGUUAUUACUGGGCCCUACGUAUCACGAUCGCUGCCUCCAGUCAUCUUCCUACUCUUCUCGAGCAGAGAUAUGAGUGGGCCUGCAAUAUCUGCCGAAGUCUGGAGGCAUACAUCGCCAAAGGCCCCCGUUGCUUUAUCUAUCGGAUCUUAUACCCGGUCGUGGUCGCCUACCAAGUCUUUGAGCGAAAUUCGAUCGAACGGGGCUUUAUUGACCGACUGUGUCGUCGCUUGGACGAACACUACCAGGUGAAUGUGUGCUGGGAUCUCCUCGCGCAGGCCGGGGAGCCGAUCGAAUUGCCCCACGAAAUUGUACUAAGCGAGGUAAAACUGGAAGGCAUGGUUCUCAUCCAUGAUGACGCGGAGAUGGACUGCACCGUGUACAAUAAGGAUUCUCCUCAGCUGCUUGCAGAUCUGCAUAAGAGUAUGGCACUGCCUAUCGGUCGGAAAUCUACCCCAUCUGCGCCUGGAUUGCUGAUCAUCCACCCGGUCGCAAACUCCUACUCGGAUACCAAUCCCGAUGCCAUGGGCAAAGAAGACUCAGCAGUAUAG